AUGCCUGAAAGCACAGCCGAAGGCGAGGCGGUCGCACAGUGGCUUGAGAAGCGGCCGACGGCCGUGCAAUGGGAAGUGUUGCCUCCAGCCCUCCGGGCGAGGCUGGGCUCCGAGGCCGCCUGGCUGAGGGCGCUGAGGGCACACUCGCUCGGCCUGCAACUGCCGUGGUCAUCGGCUCUGGGCGUGGAGGAGAAGGAGUACCUCGCGGAGCUCCUCAAAGCCUCUCGCGAGCGGCUGCUCCUCUACCCGUACCACCUAGCGCGCCGGCUCGCUGCCUGCUGGCCCGCUGAGACACCCUUCCGCUACUACCGCGAGAUGCUCUUCGAGAUGCUCCGGUCGGAGCGCUCGUACGACACGAUUCCGAACUUCACGGCUGCCGACGCGGCGAGGCUCCUCCGGGUCGGCCGCAACGAGUUUCUCCACGCCCUCAACGAGUGCCGCUCAAAGGGAUGGCUGUGGAAGCGGCGGCGCGGACUCAUCAUGAAGCAGCUGCCUUCGGCGCCGCCGCCGGACCUGCCGCUCGAGGACUGGUGGGUCGUGUGCGCGAGCGAGCCCGCCCUGUCGAUCGCCGCCGAUCUGCUCGCUGGACGGGCACCGCGCCGCACGCGCGGCCGCAGCGGCACCGGGCUGGGCGGCAGCGGGCUGGGCGGCAGCGGCGGCGAGCUCGGUGGCGAUGACGAGGCGGACGGCGGCGGCGCUACGGGCGACCUCGGCGACGGCCAGCUCGGUACGGCGGCGCGCGACGCUCUGGUCGCGCUGAGCGCGGCGCGCGACGGGCGCGCGCUCGCGGCGGCUCUGCCAGAGGAAGGGGUGGCGGUGGAGGCGUCGGACAAGCUGGCGGUGCCUCCGCUGGUCGGUUUCGUGAUGAACCGCGUCGGCAACGACUGGAUGGAGAAGCUGCUCUACGAGCUCUUCGUGUCCAACGACGAGACGGCAGAGGUGCGGCAGCUCGCGUCGCUGCUCGACCAGCCCCUCGAUCGCGUGCUGAUGGCCGCCUCGCUGGCGUGCCGCCUCGGAUUCGCGAAGAAGAAGGCGCCUCCCGAAGCCGCUGCGGCGGCAGGGCAGGCAGAGGCGGGAGGGGCGCAGGCGCGCGCAGCGGGGGGCGGCUUGCCUCCUCUUUCCGCCUCCGCCACGUCCGCCCCCGAGUUCAUGGCGGCGCCCGAGGGCGGCGGCGAGGUGUCGCCGCGGGACGCGAGCAGCGGCGCGCGCAUCGCAUUGCUUGUCGACUCCAAGCUCGCCGCCUCGCUGAUGAUGUCCAAUCUGGCGGCCGGGCUCAAGCAGCACGCGGUGACGCUGUACGAGGUCGGCAAGAUCCCCGCCGAGUCGCUCGACGCGUUUCUGGAGGCGGCGGCCGAGGUGGAGCGGCCGCACGAGCUCGAGCUGCUCGAGUACUUUGACCACGCCAUCUCGCUGCGCAUCGCCGCCGCCUCCCUCCGCGCCGCCUGCCCCGGUCGGCCGCUCGACAUCGUGCGGACCGAGUCGUUGCGCGAGCUCGGCUCGUCGAAGCUCGCGCGGCUCCUCGGCCGCUCGUAUGGCCUCGCCGUCUCGAUGGCGCCGCUGCUCUCGCACUCGGAGACCGUCUUCACGCGCGGCACCGGGGUGCCGCACGCGGGCCCGCUGGCCCCGGCGAUGGUCUCGCCGUGGGCGAGGCUCGCCCUGUACGCGGCGGCGGGCGGCGCCCUCGUCGCAAUCAACGAGCUGCUGCUCCUCUCGCCGGCGUACGACGCGGCCCCGUCGCGUGCCGCUCAAGUCUCCUUCCCGCUGCGUGCCGCCGACCUCCACCCCGACCUGCUCUCGCUCGAGGUCGCCGCCAACGGCGCCGGAGGCGGCGGCUCCGCCGAAGCCGGUGGCGGCGACGGGAGCGGCGGCGGGGCCGGGGCAGGGAGUGGCGACGCGAGCGGCGGCGUUGCUGCCGGCGGCGCCGGCGCGGAGGCGGUUGCGGCGCGUGUGGUGCAGUGCUUGCGCUUGCAGGGCACGUUUGGCUUUGUGCAGCUCGUGCGGCUGUCCGGCGAGUGGGUCCCGCUGGACCUCCACCUCGGGCUGCCCCUCUUCGACGUCUGCUCGUCCAUCCAACGCGACGGGCUGCUGCGAGAGGCGGCCGCGCCAGCUCUGGCCGCCGCCGCCGAGGGCUGGCUCGGCCGCGUGAUAGACUUUGCUGGCGCGUACAGCCGGGUGGCGGACCGGGCUGCCGGCCGUAACGACACCCGCCCCGCCUUUUGUCCCGCGGCGAGCGCCGUGGACGACGGCGCCGCCGCCGGGGCGCCCCUCCCGCUCGUAGAUUUGAUCUUUGACGGCGCCUCGAUCGGACGCUUCGACGAGGCCGAGCACCGCUGCUAGCGCGGCGUGGCCCAUAUACAUCGACCUGGCACCGCAGCUUUGGCCCCCCCCCCCAGGACCACGAGCUCCGGGCGUGUCACGACUCACGUAGCACCGUACAUGUGCAUGUCCGUGUACGCAGGUUCCCUAGUUUAUUUUGAUUACGUAUCGUUACCGUAUCGAUGCGUAUACGUUAUACGU